AUGACCUACGUCUGCCUCCGGGCCAUAUUCCCGUCCAUUGACCGCAUCCCCAACACGCUGCCGGCGAGCACGGGGACGAACCUGCCGCAGUUUGUCGGCUUCAUCGUCUUAUUCGUGAUCCAGAUCCCCAUGCUCUUCCUGAGCCCCCGGUGCCUAUGCUAUCUCGUCUGGGCCGGCGCCGUCGCCGGGUUCGAGGUGCAGCUCGGGCUCACCGUCUGGGCUGUCGCAACCAUGGGCGACGCCGGGUUCGGUGCGGUGCUUCACGGGGGAGAGCAACAAGGCGCGUCGUCGUCGUCGAGGUCACAACUGGGAUGGGCGUCCGUGUUCUGCAUCUGCCUGACGAUAUCCAGCGUCACCAGUCUCUCAAUGAGCAUCUGCGACUACACCCGCUACAGCGGGUCGGUCAAGACGGGCGUCUGGGGCCAGGCGCUUUCCUGGAUCCCCAUCUGGCUGGGCAACAUCUUUGGCAUCCUGACCGUGGCGGCCACGCAGCGGCGGUUCGGCGCCGAGCUCUGGAGCGUGAUCCAGCUGCUCAUGGCCAUGCAGGACGCGUCCCCGACGGCGGGCACGAGGGUCGCCGUCUUCUUCUGCGGGCUCGCCUUCUUGGUCGUCCAGCUCGGCCUCAACAUCACGGGCAACAUCUUCUCCGGCGGGACGGACCUGGCGUCCCUGCUGCCGCAGUACAUUAGCAUCCGUCGCGGACAGUUCAUCGUCGUCGCCAUCGCGCUGGCCAUCAACCCCUGGUACCUCGUUUCCGCGGCGGCCGUCUUCCUGAGCGUCAUCUCGGGCUACACCAUCUUCAUCCAGCCCUUCCUGGGGAUCUUGACGGCGAAUUACUUUUUCGUGUUCCGGCGCAAGUUGAAGAUUGAGGACUUGUAUACGUAUAAGGACUCCAUCUACUUUUAUGGCUGGGGCGUGAACUGGCGGUCGGUCGUGGCGUGGACGUGCUCCGUGGCUCCUCACCUCCCGGGAUUUGUGAGCUUUCUGGACCCGAAGCUGCCGAUUACCGCGGGGGCUCGGCAGUUGUAUUACAUUGCGCCCUUUACGAGCUUCUUGAUCGCGUUUGCCGUUUCCCUCGCGCUCGGCUUGUGGUUCCCCGCGGCGUCGCAGGAGACGUUUCUGCGAGACAAGACGAGAGCUGACGCCUUUUGGGGCAAGGAAAACUUCAUCGCGCACCUGACCACGGGCAGAGGCUUGGCGGAGUACAUGAUGGAUGAGAAGGACCCGGAGGUCACGAGCACGAGGUAG